CUGUGCGCUGUGGCCAAAAUGAUAAUUUGAGAUGAAAUUUAUUGUUUAAUUUAUUUUAACGUGAAAAUAUCACGCAAUUUUUAAAACAUUUCGUAUUUCAAAGCACUAGAAACUAAAAGACUUAUAAAAUGGAUCAAAAUAAUACAAAGAAUGCGUCGGAAGGCAUAGCACCAAUGGGUAUAACAGCCUUAAAUGAAACAGUGCUAAGUAAUCAACCAGAGUCAAGAUAUGAAUGUCCUGUAUGUUUGAAUUGGUUAAGAGACCCUGUCAUCACAACCUGUGGUCACAAAUUUUGUAAAAGCUGCAUCACUUCGUGGUUACAAAACAGUGGUCACUGUCCUAUUGACAAUAUAAAUCUCAGCAUGAAAGUGGAUAUAUUUCCUGAUAACUAUACAAAACGUGAAAUACAGGAGCAAAGGAUGUCUUGCCCAUUUGCGGGUAAAGGAUGUACAGUGAAAGUGACGCCAUUAGACUUAGAUGCACACAUAUCAACCUGUGAAUUUAAUCAGCCAGAGGCCUCCACCCACCAUGAUGUUAGGAUACCAUGCUCUUUCAGUGCUGUCGGGUGCAAAGAGACAUUUGAUAACCAGGAAGCUGCUAACACACAUUUACAUAAUGAUAUAUUGAGUCAUAUGAGUCUUCUUAUGAACGCGUAUUCCAAGAUAAAAAUAGACAAUGACAUGUCAAACACAAGUAUAGACGCUAAGGAGCAGGAGGCUCUACUUUGGGAAGCACCCGAUAAGAAUGGGAACGAGGCCAGUACACCGCUUCCCAAUGACACCAGCGCUCUUAUAAGAGCACUCUAUGAACGGGUUGUAGUACUUGAACAAAGAAAUCGCGAACAGGAUAUAGUGAUAGCAAACAUUUCUAAACAACUCUCAGCCUUUGCUGUCGCAAAGAUGAAGCAAAACAAUGAUAUGCUUCUCAGAUACUGUAUGGGCAAUUAUAUAUGGAAAGUGGACAAUUUCAAAGCACGAUUAGAAGCAAUGCUCAAGGACCAUAAUAAAAUGUUGUACAGUCCUGGAUUUUACACUUCUCCAAAUGGUUAUAGAUUCUGCGUCCGCCUAAACAUAUCCCCCCUCAACCCGCUGUGUUUCGCCCUCCACGUGCAUUUAAUGAAAACUGAGAACGACGAAUACCUGGACUGGCCUUUCAAUGGCAGAAUAUCCUUUUCCAUGAUCAAUCAAUAUGAUUCGGAAUACACGCAAAGGGACACAAUGAUGUCGAACUCGUCUUUGGUGGCGUUCAGAAAACCCACUUCGGAGAUAUGUGUGAGGGGUUUUGGGUACAACGAGUACGCCGAAGUCAACGAUGUGGUGAGGAACGGAUUUGUUAAGAACGACGUCAUUAUUAUCAGUGUUAGAAUUAAAUGUGUAUGACAUAAGGAGUAUUUUUUUUUAAAUAAAGAUUAAGUAAAAAUGUACUUGAAGUGAGAGAAUGUGAAUGUGUUCGUAAAAAAGAUCUGUAUUAGUGUGUCACAGGAGACAGUUAUUUAAAAUUACCAAAACCCUUAAUUAUUAAUAUCAUUUGAUUUUCUGUGUUUUAAAUACACAAAUAUAUGAUAAUGCUAUGUUAAGUAGGCUUAAAUGCCUAAAAUCAAUUAUAUAAUAAGAAAACUCUCACAGAAGUAAUGCUAUCUAGCUCUUGUAAUCACUUUCGAUUUUUUUAAUACUUUAAUUUCGAUAACUUUAAGCUUUAUCAGUCUAGUUCAAAAAACCCAAUGUUAUUACAGAGUAAAAAAUAUUCCAUCACGUCAUUAAAAUAAUUUACAGGCUCUUAAGGUUAUUAUGGGAGUUGUUAGGAAACAAAUUGUUAUGAAUAUGCGUCCUGCAUCAGGCAGACAAUAGUGUUACAUAUCCAUACUAUGCACUUAACUUUUGAAACAUUCCGUACAGUAUUUUAAUUUAAACUUGUAUAAUAGAUUAAGUAUAUUUUGAAUUGUUAAAUAUAUCGAAUAAUUGAUAAGUGAUUAAAUGAUUACCGUCCAUAUAUUUAGAUAAAUGCAAUCUCAAAGCAAAUUGCAUUUUAUUGUGCUAUAUUAAACAUUAUUAUUAUUAAUGUGUAAGAUACGUAUAAUUUGGUUGUGCAACCUCAUUUUAUCGUUUAUAUUUUAUUAAAGUAUUCUUGUUAUA